AGUCAUCGUGUGGGUCCCACUGGUGACUUUCGGAGAGAAGUUGGUUCUGACUAAUUUUGACGUCCUGAUUCCAUUUUUGAGGCCAGUUUCCUCAAAUUUGGAUUAUUUGGUAUUGGUUGAUUGCUGCUUGAGUGGAACUAUGACUACCUUGAAGUUUGAAGUUCCGUUAUUUGAUGGAAGAGCGGACUUCAUGUUGUGGCAAUGCACGAUUCAAGACUAUUUGGUCCAGCAAGGUCUUGAUUUAGCAUUGCAAGAUGAGAAGCCAAGUGAUAUGAAAGAAUCAGAGUGGAGUACAAUCCAGAAGAAGGCUGUCAGCACAAUUCGGUUGGCACUGUCCCCGCAGAUUAAAGUGACAGUGCUGAAAGAGACAUCACCAAAGAAGCUGUGGGAAACGUUGGAGAGCAAGUUUGCGUCGAAGACACUUACUAACCGGUUGAUGAUGAGGAUGGACUUGUACUCACUGAAGAUGGAAGAGGGAGGUAGCGCAAUUGAUCACAUCAACAAGUUUAAUGAGCAAGUAUCAAGGCUGUUAAAUGCAGGGGAGACUAUCAAGGAUGAAGAGCAAGGGUUGCUUCUACUGGCUUCACUACCAAAAUCCUUUAAGUCGUUUGUGCAGUCAAUGAUAGCAGGAAGGACUACACUGCGACUAGAUGAGGUGACGACUGCCUUGAAGGAGAGUCAAAGGAUGAUGGGAGGUGAAGAGUCUUCCGGGGACAGUCAUUUACUAGCUGCUGUGAGUGUUGAGAAAGGGAGGAAGAAGAAGAGUGACCAACUUGGGAGAAGAUCUCAGCUGAGAGACAUGAGUACUGUUAGGUGCUAUUAUUGUGAAAAGUUGGGUCACACGAAGAACGGUUGUCCAAAACUCAAGGAGGACUUGCAGAUCCUAAAGGAGAAGAAGGGCAAAUCGAAGGAAGCUUCUUUCGCAAAUGUGAUCACUUAUGAAUAUGAUCUCCUCUGAAGAUAAGACAAAAUUUGGUGAUAGUGAUAGUGAUAAGAAACUUAUUGUAUGUUG